AGAAGCCCAACCCAGUAUCACCGUGCAACAAAUUCCCAAAAGCACAAAAUCCCUAAUAUUCCCGACCGCGACCUCCAAUUGCUUUCCAAAUCUUCAAGCUCCUCUAGGACCUCUACUACUCUACUGUUACUCAAUUUUGAAGCUUUUUUUUGAUGUUGUUGGGACAGUUCUAGUGUUAGUGUUAGUGUUAGGGUUUUAGGUUCAGGGUUUUUGCAAGAACAAAACCGCAGCAAACAAAAUGCAGCAGUCCCCGCAGGGGCAGAUGAUGCCGGUGAUGCCUUCAUUUCCAUCCGCAAACAUCACCACCGAGCAGAUUCAGAAGUGCCUUGAUGAGAAUAAGAAGUUGAUUCUGGCAAUAUUGGACAAUCAAAACAUUGGAAAGCUUGCUGAAUGUGCCCAGUAUCAAGCUCAGCUUCAGAAAAAUUUGAUGUAUCUUGCUGCGAUUGCUGAUUCACAACCACCUGCGCAAACAUUGCCUCCUCAGAUGUCGCCACAUCCUGGAAUGCAGCAGGGAGGAUUUUACAUGCAACAUCCUCAAGCAUUGGCAAUGGCUCAGCAGCCAGGUUUCUUUCCCUCCAGGAUGCCAUUACAAUUUAAUAAGCCACAUCAAAUACAGGAUCCACAACAGCUACAUCAGCAGCACCAACAAGCCUUCCAGGCGCAAAUGGGAAUAAGACCUGUAGGGCCCAACAGUGGCAUGCAUCCAAUGCAUUCAGAGGCCACACUGGGAGGUGGCAGCAGUGCUGGCCCAACUUCAAUUGCAGGAUCAAAUUAUGUGCGCGGUGGAAGCACUGAGGCUGGGGCAACUGGCACUGAUGGGCAUGGGAGCUCCGCUGGUGGGCAUGACGAUGAUGGUGAAACAAAAUGACAUGGCCCCACGUGUAUACUGGUAUUGCUGUGGUGAUCUUUUGAUAGCUUGAGCUAAGGUCCACUGUUUUCUUUUAGCCUCUAACAGAUUAUGUAGGUUGUGUACCUCCUAGCAAGCCAAUGCCAAUGAGCCAAGUGCAAGCAACUGGUGGGAAAUAGUUUAGUUGUGGAAAUGACAAAGGAAGCGUGUGUUCAUGCACUCAGAAAUAAGAGCUUGUCGUCUCCUGUUAUACAUUUAAAGUUGUAGAAGUUGCAAAUGCAUGCAGUGCAUCUAUCUUUCUUGUCUGAUCGUAUCCAAUCGCUGUUUUUAUUUCUAAUAAGUUGUAUAUGCAGGUUACUUAUUAUGUAAAACAGUGCAGGAACCGCAUAAUUAUGAUUUGCAUUGUGAGUUCUAUCACCUA